AUGUCCUACACACAAACCUAUCCCCAAAACCAAAGACCUUCAUACACGGAUCAACAACCAAGCUGGAACGGUGUUGAAUUCGCCACAUCCAACCCCUUUGGGAGCUAUCCUCAGUUUCCCAAAGACCAGCCCUUCUAUGAUCUGAACACUGUACCGUCGAACGAGCAGAAUGCUCCGUCGCCAGUCUAUUCGCAAUAUCUAAACUUCGACGCUGCUGGGCAGGACUCGGGCCUGACAGCAACAAGCGAUGGUGUCUCCUCCCAGACCUUCUUCAAUACCUCACCUAUCUCGACAGACAACUCUCAACAGUUUGCCGACUUCCCAAUCAAGACCGAGCCCGGCUUCGAACAGAACGAUCCGUCCUUUUCGUGUGGCCUGAACCUAAUCCAGGAUGAGAAUGUCUCUCCACGGAGCUGCGGACAAGUACCUGCAUGCCUGCAACUUCUCGACAACCCUGAAAUGGAAGACUUCAACCUGUUAGGGCCCGUCCUCCCCCCGAACAAACUCCCCAACCCAGACGGAGUCAGGAGAAUACCAUCGCGCGUCAGCUCGGGUAGUGGCAAGCAAUUGAGAAGGACGAGUGACGACGGCAUCCCCAGACCCCGAGGCAGACGGGCACGCAAGGGCUCUUUGAGUGACGAGGAAGCCGCCCAGGCCCGCGCCAAACAAGCCCACUCGAUCGUCGAACGAAGAUACCGUGACAACCUCAAUGGCAAAAUCAUGCAGCUGCACCGAACACUAAACGCCAUUGGAUCACCGUCUCGCAUGGCGGGUCUGUCAACCGACGAGCCUCCUAGUGCGCACGACCAGCGCACGAGGGUACGCAAGUCCGACGUUAUGACAGACGCGGUCAACUACGUCCACCAGAGCGAAGUGUCGAUGCGGCAUAUGACGGACGAGAUCAAGCGGUUGAGCGACCGAGUGCGGACGCUAGAGAAACUCGUCAAGUGCGAAGAUUGCGCCCUGCUCAAGCAAAUGGUCCGACUGCAGCUCCAAGCACAGCAGAACCAGCAGGGACAACAGGCACAGAUGUCGAUGCAGCAGCAAUAA